AUGUCACUUAAUUUGUUCGUUUCUACCAUCUUUGUACUUAUGCCUGCCUUGAUUUUUGUCCCCUCCCCGUGCCCACGGAUAAUCUGCAUACUCAUUAAAGAUGCGUAUCCCUGUUCUGAGCUGUCCUGGUCCCCAUCACACAGCGUGCUCUCCGUUCCCAAAGCUCCCAUCCCAUCCCAUCCCUCCCCUCGGUGCUCCCCCACCAGCAGCUCCCACGGCUCCUUUGGGGUUUGGGAUCAGGGACCAAAUCCCACCCUCAUCCCCCCAUGCAGCUGCAGCAGGGUGCAAAUCCUUUGGGGUUUGGGACCAGGGACCAAAUCCCACCCUCAUCCCACACCCCUGCAGCUGUGGGUGCAGAGAAGGGUGCAAAUCCUUUGGGAUUUGGGACCAGGGACCAAAUCCCACCCUCAUCCCACACCCCUGCAGCUGCAGGGGCAGGAGAAGGGUGCAAAUCCUUUGGGGUUUGGGACCAGGGACCAAAUCCCAGCCUCAUCCCCCCUGCAGCUGCAGAAGGGUGCAAAUCCUUUGGGGUUUGGGACCAGGGACCAAAUCCCACCCUCAUCCUCAUUACAGCUGCAGAGGGGUGCAAAUCCUUUGGGAUUUGGGACCAGGGACCAAAUCCCAGCCUCAUCCUCCCUACAGCUGCAGAGGGGUGCAAAUCCUUUGGGAUUUGGGACCAGGGACCAAAUCCCAGCCUCAUCCCCCCUGCAGCCGCAGCAGCAGGAGGAGGGUGCAGGAGGGUGGCAGCUCCCGAGGGGGGUGAGACCCUCACAGGAGAUUUUGGGGGUGGGGAAGGAGGGAAAAGCCCUCCCCGACAUUCACGUCCAGAGUUGUUGGAUCCAGCCCGGACUCGUGGACUCAGCUUUGCUUUGCUUCUGUUUUAGCUGUUUCUCUGCUACCUUUUCAGCAGAUUUCUUAUUACACUGCACUGGAUUGCUAUAUUUUUAACCAGAAAUAAACUAAGGAUUAGAGCA